AAUACAAUUCAAAUAUUUGCUCCCUUCGACUAAGGGGUUGUGUCUGUAUUAUUACAGGAUCUCUCCACAGAUCUCUCUUCUCGCGUUCCGAAAUCUCAUUGGUUCUCAUCUUCACAAGCGAAUCGUCUCUUAUCCAUUGAUUUCGGUCAGUAAAAGUCUAUCAUGUGGAGGAGGACAGAGGUGACAGCGCAUAUUUAAUGGUGGAAUGGAAAGGAAAACAAUAGAUGACUUUGAACCAGGUCCACUUCCUUCGCCCAGGCAAGUAGACAGGUUUGGAUUCUUAAAGCAGGAACACAAUAGUUCUCCAGAUGCUAUAACCAAAAUCAGGUCCACCCAUGUACAGGAGAGGGAGGAAAGGAGAGUUAGAAAAUGGAGGAAGAUGAUUGGAAUUGGAGGGAGCGACUGGAAGCAUUAUGUUAGGAGAAAACCUCAUGUUGUUAAAAGGCGUAUAAGGAAAGGUAUUCCCGAUUGUUUAAGGGGUCUAGUUUGGCAGCUGAUUUCUGGAAGUCGAGACUUACUGUUGAUGAACCCUGGAGUUUAUGAGCAAUUGAGACAUGGACCUGGUCAGAGAUCUCUCUACAAUGUUUUAAAGGCAUAUUCAGUUUUUGAUCGGAAUGUCGGAUAUGUUCAGGGGAUGGGAUUUUUAGCUGGUUUGUUGCUUCUCUAUAUGAGUGAAGAGGAUGCAUUCUGGCUGUUGGUGGCAUUACUUAAAGGUGCAGUUCAUGCUCCUAUGGAAGGAUUGUAUCUGGCGGGGCUUCCUCUAGUGCAGCAGUACCUAUUUCAAUUUGAUAACCUUGUGAGAGAGCAGCUGCCCAAGCUUGGAGAGCAUUUUACACAGGAAAUGAUAAAUCCUAGCAUGUACGCGAGCCAAUGGUUUAUUACCGUUUUCUCUUACUCUUUCCCCUUCCAUUUGGCUCUACGAAUUUGGGAUGUCUUUCUUUAUGAGGGUGUUACGAUUGUUUUUAAAGUUGGUUUGGCUCUUCUAAAAUAUUGCCAUGAUGACUUGGUAAAGUUGCCGUUUGAAAAACUCAUACAUGCUUUGCGAAACUUCCCAGAAGAUGCAAUGGAUCCAGAUACAUUACUGCCCAUGGCUUACUCAAUUAAAGUGUCCAAGCAGCUGGAGGAAUCGAAACAUCUGUAUGAAACGAAGCAUGGGAAGGAGAUUCAGGGCGAUGCUGAAACUAGUGGGAAACAGGAGCAGGAGGUGCAUUGAAGGUCACUACUUUUCCCUCUCCCAUUGGAGCCAAUGAAAAAAUCAUAGACAAAUUAAUUUUUAUGAUUUCUCUGUCGCUUCUGAAUUGUUUAGGAUGUUAAUUGAAUGAUGCGUAGUCAUAAUUUAUCAUUUAUCAUUUUAUUAUUUCCUCGAGUUAGGACAAAUGCUUUGUAAAUUCCUAGUCUCCUACCCUUUUGUGUCGACAAAAUGUUCAUUUCUCAACCUAUAUCUAGUGGGGUCAAUGUAUUUAUAUGUUACAAUAUAAAUUUUAUCUGUUGAAUGAAA